CUUAGCCAGCCAUGGCGCGGACGUUGAACAUGGACACCUUGCAGCAGAACUUCUGGAAGGAGGAGUACAACAAGGAGCUGGUGGUGCGCUACCGCUGGCACCAGAAGUAUGGCGCCAUCGUGAAGGCCAAGCAGCAGGCGCAGAGGGAGCGCCGGAAGAAGGCCAUGGACAACACCCUGAGGCUCCCCUCCGUCAAGCAGUCCCCUCCGGACGUAACCCCCCAGCGCCCCAUCCUGCCUCCCACUGCAGCCCCUGCAUGGCUGGCGCGGGAACGGGACCUCACCGGGGUGGAGGCCGCGAUCCUGGAGAUGGAGAUGAGGCCUGCUCCCCGGGAGCUGCGCAACCUCCUGUACCAGGGCAUCUCUCACGAGGACGAAGGGCGCAAGCGCUACCUGAAGCUCCGCCUCCUCUCGAACCCGGAGGACAAGUACACCUUCCCCGUCACCACCAACUUCAACUAUGGCUGGCAGAUGGGGAAGCUGGCCACCAGCCACAUCGCCCCCACCCCCAAGUGCCGCAUCGAAAGCUUCUUCCGCAAGAACGGCGCCUUCUCCCUGCUCGACCCACGCGACGUGGCGCUUUGA